UCUUCAGUCCCAUCCAAGCGACUGCUCAGAUCAGUUACUGCUGGUUACUGCUGUUUAGUUAACGUAUAAAAUAGCGUCAAAACUGUGUUGUGUUGUACACCUUCAAUUGGCGGGUGUUUUACUUCUAACAAUGAAAAUUUUCUUUGUUUUACAAGUUUCAUAAGAAUAUUUAGAUAAUUCAGAAAUUUUAUUCAGUAUUUAUCUAUAAAGUUGCAAGUUUUAUCAAUCAUAAUCAAGAUGUUAUAAUAUAAAGUGUAUUAAAUAUAAAGUUUAUAUAUUUUAAAUAAAUUUUACAGUGAAAAAAAUUAAAAAAAUGAACGGCAUGAGUAGAGUAAAUUAAAGGCAGUCAAAAGCACGCAUAAAUAGCAACAGUAAAAGACAGAAAUUGUAGAUAAAUUAGAAGAAUAAAGAAGAAAAGAAAAACUCGACGAUGGUCGUCGAAUGGUUAUGUCCUGGAAUGAGGCCCACUGGUAGUCGUAGGCCUCGGAUUCUUCACUGCAAGGUCAUCCUCCUUGACGAGCACGAGUUACUGCAAGAUGUACUGGGUUCAAACUUGGGGCAAGAGUUAUUGGACCGCGUUUUCCGUCAUUUGAACCUUUUGGAAACAGCUUACUUUGGAUUACGGUACUUAGAUCACGAAAAUCAAAUGCAAUGGUUAGAUCCAAGUAAAAAAAUUGGAAAGCAAUUGAAAAUUCGUAAGAAUGAUUCGACGCAAGAUACUUACACCCUUUAUUUUGGUGUUAAAUUUUACGCCGCUGAUCCUUGCAAGCUCAUUGAAGAAAUUACAAGGUAUCAAUUCUUCCUACAAGUUAAACAGGAUAUUUUCCAUGGCAGGUUACCAGUUUCUUUUGAUCUAGCUGCUGAAUUAGGUGCUUAUGUAGUCCAAUCGGAACUUGGUGAUUAUGAUCCGCGACGGCAUUCUCCCGGUUAUGUUACCGAGUUUCGAUUUCUCACUAAUCAAACGUCUGAACUGGAAUCAAGGAUAGUCGAGCUUCAUAAAACUCUAAUUGGUCAAGUGCCGUCAACAGCAGAGCUCAACUAUUUGGACAAAGUUAAGUGGCUUGAAAUGUAUGGAGUUGAUCUUCACCCCGUGUUAUUUGAGGGCGAUGACAGCGUUGAAUACUAUUUGGGUUUAACUCCAAGUGGUAUAAUAUUAUUACGAAAUAAAACCAAAGUAGGCAACUACUACUGGCCACGUAUCAACAAAAUAUAUUACAAAGGUAGAUACUUCAUGCUUCGUGUCAGCGAAAAAAAUUCAGAAGAGCGAACGCACGGGUUUGAAACGCCGUCAAAGGGUGCUUGUCGACAUCUUUGGAAGUGUUGCCAAGAGCAUCAAGCAUUUUUCCGAUUAAUGGCCACUGGACCACCGCCUAUGAGCCCGUACUCUCGUUUCCGCUCUUACAGUCCCACUUCAGAAAAAAAUCAGCAGGGUUCUAUUCGUCGGAUUCCACAGCCAUCUUUUCAACGUGUUCCAAGUCGUAGAGCUCAGCGUAGAAUCGUCGAAGGACAAGAGACAGUCGGGCCAUUUACGGAAACUCCAGCAGUUGAUCGUAUAACAUCUGUCAAUUUAGGAAACUCUAAUAUCACUAGACAUGUAAAUAGUUCCAGUCCCAGAAGUAUUCGAAGUGCUCCGUGGACUCAAAGUCAAUCGCGAGGGUUCUAUUCAUCGUCCAGUCCUCGGUCUGUGCGUUCUGCAGGCACAGCUCCUGGGUUAUUUAACAGAAUUCACAGGCGGAGUAGUUCUGUAGAAAGUCAAAGCUCUGGUGACAGCCAUAGUCGCAGUGGACAUCGUAGACGAAGCCAUAGUCACAGUCACAGCCACCGGAGACAUAGCCGGCAUUCUGACUGCGAGUCUGAACUUUCUAGAGGAUCCGAUAGCAGAUCUGGUCACCGUAAACAUCGCCGAAAGCACAGAAGUUCUCGUAACUCACGGCAUGAGUUGGUUGAUUCUGAGCCACAGUGGAGAGAAGCACAAAAACGAAAAGCUGAAGGAGUUCAAAGAGCAGUGGUGAGUCAUACAGAACCGAGAAGAAAACAUAGAAGUAGACAUAGAAGUCCAUCUCAGAAAUUACCUCACGAACUUAGAAAGCAUUUAGAGUAUGAUCUCAUUGAUACAUCAAGAAUGACUGAAGAACAACGAAGAGAAAUAUCAUACACAGUUGUUAAAUCUCAAACAACCCCUCAAAGUCUUUCGCAUUUAAGUAAUUUACAUUUAGACGUUGAUGCAACAGUCUCAACUAGAACAAUCGGAACAUUUGACAAGAGGGAUAGACAAAUUCGUCAUAAAUACGAGGCUAAUUAUGACCCAGUAUUAUCAUCAAGAUCCACUGGACUCGAAUCAAAGUAUUCGGCACCUAGGAAUCAUUAUAAUCAUCAAAGAGAUUAUAAUUCGACUUCACGUAAUAGCAAAAUAUUAAUUGGCAGCAAUGUUGAUAGUGGAUUAGGUGAAAGCACCACUCAAGAUUUAUCGAGUUGCUGUUCAAGUUCUGCUGAUAGCACUAGAAUAACUCGUAUGACGCAAGGACAAUUACCAAGAAAAGGAAUUUAUGAUUUAUCACCAAAUCCCGAAAAUUCGCCUCUUAUUGAUGUUACUUUAGAUGCAGUUCUUCAACCUAUAAUAUCAACAUUAACACGGAAACCUAAGAAUUUGCCCAAAUUAUAAUUGAAUAAAUCAUCUUAUAUUAAAUGACGUAUAAAAACCUGUUGUUAAUUCAUCUACUUUGUAAAUUUUUAUAUUCUUAAAUAAAUAAAUAAAAAUAAAUCCUAAUCCUAUU